AUGGAGCCCAACAAGCUUUUUGUAAUGGGCCUGGGCAGGCCUGCCUCUCAGGAGCCAACCAGCAGGGUUCAUGAGUCGGCCCAUGGGUUUAGCCCAUCCAUCUCACAGGUGAUGAUGUUGCCUAAGCAAAUCCAUGAGAUCAAGGACUUCCUUCUAACUGCCAGAAGGAAGGAUGCACGUUCUGUGAAAAUCAAGAGGAGCAAAGAUGUUGUCAAGUUCAAGGUUCGUUGUGCCAGGUACCUCUACACACUUUGUGUGUUUGAUUCUGAGAAGGCUGACAAGUUGAAGCAAUCCCUUCCUCCAGUUAUUUCAAUUGUUGCGGAUAAUUCUAAGUGCUAA